UUUCGAUCUUUUUUUUUUUUUUUUAUUUUACUUACUUGAUACCCACCCAUCAUCAUUCUCAUUUUCAUCAUCAUUUUUUUUUUUUUAAAAAAAAGCAUUAUUAUACUUACGUCAAUAUCAUGGGUUCAUCAUUUACUUCAACCAACACCAACGAACAAGUCAAUCAUCCUAACUCUACCAUGUCAUUGCCAGUAUGUCAAGGCCGUGGCAAAAACUAUUGUUUGAUUCAUCGUCGAUACUUUGAAACUAGCUGGUGUCCUGAUUGUCGAUCUCGUGCGCCAACUCGACCUCAAUAUUAAUAUUGAUUAUUUUGUUCAUGCGUCUUUUGUUGUUGCAGUAGUAUUUUCAAAGCAAACAUAUGAUGAUGACCGAUCUUAGCCGGUGUUUUAAAUAUACAUCUUGUAAUGAAUUUUCUCUCUAUAAAAAAAAAAAAAGAAGACCAAAAGAAAAAAAAGAAAAAACAAAAUGAUUAUCUCCUCCCUUCUCUCAUUACAUUAGUAUUAUACUUUUUUUUUUUUUUUCAUUCAUAUAUACACAUUUCCAUUUUUUUUUUUACUCAUGUCAAUUUAAUAAAAAUAUACAUAUACACUGUUUUGAUUCCCCACCAUUCA